GGUGCGUCAUCAUAGGGAGGGCGAUUGAUCAGCACUUUGUCGGAAUGGCGGACCGAGGUAUUUUGGUUUGAGAAAUAGGGAUGGUUUGAGCUGGAACCUGGGACAAGGGCGUGUGAGGAGAGAUACAGUGAGACGAGAUCCAACGGAGAAGACGGAGCUAAACAGGACCGCCUCAAUGCUACUUAGAACUCAAAUGGCGGGUCUUGAAUUCUACGAUGCGGUGCUAAACAAUGAGCUUCAACAACUGAAGCGUUUGGCUACUCAGUACAAAAUCGAUCUAAGCGCCAAGUUCGUGGAGGUAAGGAAAAAGAAUCAUUCCGAUUUGUGCCCAAUACAUUUGGCUGCGUACAGAGGCUACACGUAUAUGUUACAAUAUCUCAUUGAGUCUAAAUGCGACGUGAACCAAACGACAACGACAUUGCGACGGACAGCGCUCCAUUUCUCUGUGCUUCAACACAAGAUGGCGUGUAUGCUACUUUUAAUCUCAGCUGGAGCCAAAAUAGACGCCAAGGACACGUUUGGAAACUCGCCGUGCCACUAUGCUGCCGACGACGGGUACUGCCAAAUCCUUGAUGUUCUUCUACGUCGUAGUGUUGACGUAAAUAGCCAAGAUAUCACGUCGAAAACACCCCUGAUGAAGGCGGUAAGAAACAACAAAACAGACGCAGUGCUGAGACUGUUGCGUGCAAGCGCUGACCUCAACCUCACUGACCGGAACUCCGAUAUGGCUCUCCACUAUGCCGCGAGAAACGGGUGCGUUGACAUUAUCGAUCUUUUAGUGGCUGGGGGUAGUCUUAUUGAUGUUCAGAACUAUUGGGGGCGGACACCUCUCAUGGAAGCGGUAUGUUACAAUCACAAAGACGCCAUAUCACGCCUAAUCAUCGCAAACUGUGAUUUGAACCGACGGGAAUUCAAAACAGGCGACACCGCUCUCCACAUAGCUAUCAAGAGGAACUACACGGCAGUUGUGGAGCUGUUGCUCGCGGCAGGAAGUCGACACGACAUCUUCAACCAUCAAGGAGAGACGGCCGCCUACGAGGCCGUCGUUAGUAACAAGCAGGAAGUAAUCCGUCUCAUGCUUAUGUACAACUGUGACCUUGACGUACCCGCUAAAUACUUUUCUAACGGUGUGUAUAAGUCCAUAUUUCACUUAGCAGCAGAGAAAAGCCAGUUAGAGAUUUGUCGUCUGCUCGCCUCUCUUGGUCACGUCGAUUACGGAGCACGGGUACACUUUUACACUAGCUACGUUCCCUCCAGACUGUGUGAACAGGAUGAGAUACUGCACGUGCUGCGCGCGCAGAUGGGGUCUGUGGUGUCGUUGCAGCAGCUGUGCAGGAAAUCAAUUCGGAAAUGUUCAGGAAGAAACAUCGCAGAAAAGGUGGAUUCUUUGCCCAUGCCAAGAGCACUCAAGGACUAUGUGAUGAUGAAAGAAGUGCGAGAGAGAUCAGAUCCCGGAGCAAGCUUCUGUUAGGAAAUGGCAGACUUGAAUCCGGUACCUGAUCUGACGUCGCCGUUGACCUUGACCAUGGACCGUUUACUUCCGGUCCAUGUAAAGUGUGAUAUUGCUCACUGGUUUCAGUGUGAAUGGGGUCAGAUAUCUGUGCAGGUCAGGGUGACAUGACCUGGCAUGUAGAUCAAGGUCAGACCAACUGCAGGAGUGUUUAUUAUAAUAUCCACAUUUGUUGAAAACGGGUACCAUUUGCUAUACUGAUUUAAAUAGAUAGUUUUACCCCUUGGAUGAUCUCAGGCUGAACGUGGUUCUAAGGGUGAAGGUCAAGGUCAUUUCACCAUGAGCUGCACAGGAUGCAGGAUAUCCCUUAAGUUGUUAUUUAGUGAUCUGAGGGAUAAUGCCGGAUUUACGUUGGAAGGGUUUAGUGUCUCCCCGUAUUUUUGUGUGUAGCUCUAAUAGAAGGGGGUAUGAGAACAUUCACAGUCAUGUUGACUUCAUUUCUCCCAAAGUCUUGGAUACGGGUUUGGGUGAAUAAUGAUACUAUUGCCUGUAAGAUCUUUGGUAACACGUUGUGAAGGAAAGGUGAAUUCGAGUUAAUGUGUUGAUAAUAUUGCCAUAGAAGGUAAUAUUUUAUGUAUAUAACUUGAGUGAUAUGGGAUAUAGUGUAUGGGAGUUGUGAUAUGAAACCCUUGUGGUAAUAUUGCCAAGAUAAUAUAUGUACAAUGUGAAGAAAGUGGUGUAUAUGUGAUGAUAGAGUUGCACAUCACCAACUAUGGUAAUAUCACGCUUAUAUUCUGUGAAUAGUAUUGGUUGCUGGUGAAGAUGAUAUGGAUGAUAUGACGGCCAGGAUAUGACGGAGAUGAUAUGGAUAUUAUUCUCAUAGAUGAUAUUCGAAUGGCUUGGCUAUGGCUCGGGUGAUAUGGAUAUUAUUCUAAUAGAUGAUAUUCGAAUGGCUUGGCUAUGUUUCGGGUGAUACGGAAGAUAUAUUAGUGGGAAGGAUAUGAAGGGUUUAUAUAUGAAUGAUAUCUUGAUGGUCAGGGUUUGUUUGAAGUGAUAUGGAUAAUAUGUAAACACAAGGGUAUGUUGGUAACAGAAUGGGUAUGUUGGGAGUGACAGAGAUGAUAUGUUAACACAAUGGUAUGUUGGGGGUGACAUAAAUGAUAUGUUAACACAAGGGUAUGUUGGGGUGACAGAUGAUAUGUUAACACAAUGGUAUGUUGGGAGUGACAGUUAUGUUAACACAAGGGUAUGUUUAGGGUGGUUGAAAUGAAAUGUUAACACAAGGGUAUAUUUGGGGUGACAGAUGAUAUGUUAACACAAGGGUAUGUUGGGAGUGACAGAUGAUAUGUUAACACAAGCGUAUGUUAGGAAUGACAGUUGAUAUGUUAACACAAGGGUAUGUUGGGAGUGACAGAUGAUAUGUUAACACAAGGGUAUGUUGAGGGUGACAGUUGAUAUGUUAACACAAGGGUAUGUUGAGGGUGACAGUUGAUAUGUUUCCACAAGGGUAUGUUGGGAGUGACAGAGAUGAUAUGUUAUUGUUAACACAAAGAUAUGUUGAGGGUGGUAGAAAUGAUAUGUUAACACAAGGCAUGUUUGUGAUGGAUGAAAAGUUUGGGGGAAUAUGGUCCAUAUGUGAGUGAUAUGUCAGCUGACGAUAUAUAAUAUAUGCCGGUGGUGAUAUAAAUGAUAUGAUGUGGUGGGUGAGACUGUUUCCAUGCCAACUAAUUACACAGUUAUAAAUCGUUGAUGGAUGAAAAUGAGGGUAUGCCAUUUUGAGUGUUGGAAGUUUGAUAUGAACUACGAACUAUAUGGUGAGAAUGGCGUGAAUGAGAAGUAGGAAGGUGUAGAUGUUCCAGUUGAUGUAAUGUGAGAAAGAUGUGAUUAAUGUAUCUUGUGCGUGAUGUUACUGAAAUUUUCAUUGUGUGUAAAAGACCUAUAUCAGAUAAAAAGAAAUCCCGCUAAUCUGGACGACGGUCUAAUUAAUGUAAUCAUGAUAUAUACAAACCGGACCCCAUUAAUCCAGUGUCCUGUGUAAACACAAAUGGUUACAUUAGGUAAUACGUCUGGAUUAUCGAGGUUUCACUUUAUGUAUUACGACUUGUAUAUAAAUUAUGGAAUAUGAAUGAACUAUUUCUGUACGCAUGGGUAUCAAGGCACAAAUAGAUGUUGGGAAUAUGGGUAACUUGCCAGAGGCCUGUCCAGCGGACAUUCUUAAUGUGAAAUAUGUGAUUGCGUAACUGAUUACUGGACUGAUAAUAACUGAAUGUUGUUAAGAUCUUAAUGUCAGCAGGACAAGAUGGUAUUACGGUGACAAAUAACAAGCUCGUAUCUCGGGUACUGAAAUAGGUAGAUGUUGGUAUUGUUAGCUAUACGUCUACAGUGUUAGUGUCACCCUCCCCUCCUCGCUGUGACAGAAACGCUGUGUCGAGAAUAUGUCCGGAAGGUGUUUUUCAUUAUGUUAUUGACAUGACGGGUAUAAAGGGGUUCCUUCCUUGUGUUGGACUACUAGUGCUUAAAAUCGUCAUGGCACAUUUAAAACAUAUUUCUAGUGCCUGACGAGCAUGUUUCUAGAAAUGUUUCCUUACACUUUUCUCACAAAACUAGUUUGAAAGACAGGAAGUCGUUAUAAACAGUGUCCGUAUAAAAAGGUUCCUUCAUCCCAUGGCGUCAUCACCUAGAACAUAGUCCCCGUUAUUUGGCUAAGUGUGUUGUGCCCAUGAUAGGGAGGAAGCAACAGGUCCCUUGUUCGUAUUAAGGAGGUUUUGUAGUAUGCAGGUCUUCACUGGAGAAUUAUUAGGGAUAAUUUUAUUUCAUAAAUUUUGUUAGGAACGUGGGGUUUCAAACAGAGGACAAAUCAAAGUAUAACAUACAGAUACUGAUCGAUUUAGAUUGAUUCAAUGUAACGCUAACAAUGGUAUAACACUGUUUCAGUAUUACGGUGACAUCGGUAUACAGGUACGUGCCUUGGUGUAAAUAUUGUUUGGAUAUAAGGAGUACAUUGGUAUACAGAGUGAGUCAGUGUAACGUAUAUCUUGUACACAGUUGAUUCAAUGUAGCGCAUACAUUGGUAUACCGAUUGAUUCACCUUUUAACUUACAUUGAUAUAUAUUGUUUCAAUGUAACGCAUACAUUGGUAAACAGGUUUAUUCAAUGUAACGCAUACAUUGGUAUACAACUCGACUCGAUGUAACGCUUACACUGGUAUACAUGGUGUUUCGGUGUAAAGCUUACAUUGGCAUGCAAAAUUAUUCAGUGUAACACGUACAUUGGCAAAAUAUAUUUAUUUAAUAUGACGCUCACAUUGGUGUUGAAAUUGAUUCAGUGUAGAUCUUACAUUACAUAUUCUGAUAUAUACCAAAUAUGCCAUCGUUGAACUAAAACGCUACGCUGUACUGAACAAAUCGUUUUAUAUCGAUCUUUGUAUAAUGGCUUAGUGAUAUAUGAUGAUAUGGACAACAUCUUGUCAAUAUAGUUAGCAUGCAAAGUAUGUUUACAAUUAAACAGUUUAAACAGGCACUUGCCGGGCAUCUUAUCCACUGCGCCUUUGACGUCAUAGCCAUGUUGUAACGAACUAAUUAAACUACGGUUAUACCGAAUUCAAAUGGACCAAUAAUUUUAGCUCGUUAUUAUCGUAGUUCGGUAUAUACAUUUCGCCUGCAAUGUGGAGCAGGUAGCCGGGGUACAAAACAAACCAGUUCGUUAUAUCCAAAGUUCGUUAUAUCCAAAGUUCGUUGUAAGUGAGUUCGUUAUAAACGUAGUUUACUAAACUCAAACCCUUGAAAAUCAACUAGUUUCAACCAAAAACAAACAGAAAACAGAUUCUUAGCCUUUAUAAUUUGUUUCGUUAAGACAUGCUCCGUUAUGUAUGACUUCCGGUGUCAACUAAUAUAUGCUCAUAUGUCAUUUCAGCGUUAGUGCGUUGGGUUCUCUAUCACAUGUGUUAAUUUAGUUGAUAGACAGAUAUGUCAAACGCUAUAUGGUGAUCGAUGGCCAGACUUUUUAGUGGUACGCAUAUCGGUAUGAAAAUUAAGGUCGAAGAAAAUAUAUAAUACAAUAAAAUAUUUAUAAUAAAUCUAAAAUUAAACAAAACUGUUUAUAAUGUUCUUGAAAACUUUAUGGAAAGUAAAAAGGGGGAUGUGGAAGGGGAAAUAACAAAGGUUUUAAUUAAAUUGACUGUUUAAUGCA